AAAAAAAAAAAAACCUCCCAAAGAUGCUCCAUUCCACUGCAAGCAAAUCUGCGCGGAAAGUUCCCAGUCCAGGGAUCUGGUUCCUGCCUGCCAGACGUGUGCAAUGGGGUGGGGCCCAGAAAAAUGCUCUUUCCUUAAACAAUUCUUGUUUUAUUUUAAGAAAUACAGGUGUGUGUAUGUGUAUAUUUUAAUACAUAGGCGUGAAAACAUUGCAGGCAGUGUCUCUUUGGUCAGUGCACAGUGGAGUCGCCCAGUGUGCGUGGGUGCCUCGGUGUCCCGGGUCUGUGUCCGGCUUUCGUCUUGGCCUCGGGGCUGGAAACCUGUGCCUGAUGUUCGAGAUCCUUCUCGGGAACGCCCUGUGGUGGGCUACGUGACCUCAGCCUGAGAAUAGAGUGGGAGCUCCGUUUUAGAGAUGGGAGGCGGUUAUCUGGAGCGGGGUAGAUUUUAGCUGGAAAAGGAGGGGAGGGGGAAGUGCUCGAGCGUUUCACAGCACGUUCCCUUCCGAGGUGCCCGCGCCCCCCUCCUGUCUGUCGGUCUUGGAAUUGUGCGCAGGGGGUCCAGCCUGGCCUCUAGGUUGCAGCAGUCCACCCGGAAUAAAGUCCCUCGGGGCCCCGACUGUGUCCCACCUGCUGGAGACGGUGUUGAGGCGCAGAUAGAGUCGAUAAACGGAGUGAAAGCAAAGAGCAUCGUUGUCUUGUCUGCCUUUCUGUUGCAAGUGAGAUCCGGUUUCCAGCUCUGCCUUGUUCCGAAUUGGGAGGCGUGUGUCACCUGCUUGUGUCCCUUUUCUAAAAAGUGGAGGUUGGAUAAAGGAAUUCAGAUGUGUUCUAAGCCUGCUGGAGUGACCACACUUUCAAGACCUGAUGGAGGCCAGAGCUCAGAGUGGCAGUGGGUCGCAGCCCUUGCUGCAGGCACCCCGUGACAAUGGCAGGCAGCGUGGGGAGCCUGACCCCAGAGACACCCUCACCCAGCAGGUACACGUGUUGUCCCUGGAUCAGAUCAGAGCCAUCCGAAACACCAAUGAGUACACAGAGGGGCCUACUGUGGUCCCGAGACCUGGGCUCAAGCCUGCUCCUCGCCCCUCCUCUCAGCACAAACACGAGAGACUCCAUGGUCUGCCCGAGCACCGCCAGCCUCCCAGGCUCCAGCACUCGCAGGUCCAUUCUUCUUCAAGAGUCCCUCUGUCCAGGUCCAUCAGCACAGUCAGCUCUGGGUCUCGGAGCAGUACGAGGACAAGUACCAGCAGCAGUUCCUCUGAACAGAGACUGUUGGGACCAUCUUUCUCCUCUGGGCCGGUUACUAAUGGGAUAAUCCGGGUGCAGCCCAAAUCCGAGCUCAAACCAGGUGAGCUUAAGCCCCUGAGCAAGGAAGAUUUGGGCCUGCAUGCCUACAGGUGUGAGGACUGUGGCAAAUGCAAGUGUAAGGAGUGUACCUACCCAAGGCCUCUGCCAUCAGACUGGAUCUGCGACAAGCAGUGCCUUUGCUCAGCCCAGAACGUGAUUGACUAUGGGACUUGUGUGUGCUGUGUGAAAGGUCUCUUCUAUCACUGUUCUAAUGAUGACGAGGACAACUGUGCUGACAACCCGUGUUCUUGCAGCCAGUCUCACUGUUGUACACGUUGGUCGGCCAUGGGCGUCAUGUCCCUUUUUUUGCCUUGUUUAUGGUGUUACCUUCCAGCCAAGGGUUGCCUUAAAUUGUGCCAGGGGUGUUAUGACCGGGUGAACAGGCCUGGAUGCCGUUGUAAAAACUCAAACACAGUUUGCUGCAAAGUUCCCACUGUCCCACCCAGGAACUUUGAAAAACCAACAUAGCAUCAUUAAUCAGGAAUAUUACAAUAAUAAGGAUUGUUCCUUUUUUUUCUUUUUAACACACAUAUGCAACCAACUAAACAGUUAUAAUCUUGGCACUGUUAAUAGAGGGUUGGGAUAUUCUUUGCUGUUUGCAGUGAAAUGCUUUUGUCCAUGUGCCAUUUUAACUGAUAUGCUUGUUAGAACUCGGCUAAUGGAGCUCAAAGUAUGAGAUAUAGAACCUGGCAACUCACAUGUUGCAUAAGCUAAAGCAACAGACAUUCCUAGGCAAAAAGUUUUGUUUGUGAAUAGUCCUUUCAAAAUUUGUAAAUUAGCAAAUGACUUUUUUUCCAUUGUUUUCUCCAGAGAUAAUGUGCUAUAUUUUUGUAUAUACAAUAAUAUUUGCAACUGUGAAAAACAAGUUGUGCCAUGCUAUAUGGCACAGUCACAAAAUAUUAUACUAAUAUGUUGUACAUUCGGAAGAAUGUGAAUCAAUCAGUAUGUUUUUAGAUUGUAUUUUGCCUUACAGAAAGCCUUUAUUGUAAGACUCUGAUUUCCCUUUGGACUUCAUGUAUAUUGUACAGUUACAGUAAAAUUCAACCUUUAUUUUCUAAUUUUUUCAACAUAUUGUUUAGUGUAAAGAAUAUUUAUUUGAAGUUUUAUUAUUUUAUAAAAAAGAAUAUUUAUUUUAAGAGGCAUCUUACAAAUUUUGCCCCUUUUAUGAGGAUGUGAUAGUUGCUGCAAAUGAGGGGUUCCAGAUGCAUAUGUUCAAUAUAAAAUAGAAAAUAUAUUAACGUUUGAAAUUAAA